UAUGGGCAGCGAUAGCGACGCAGUACAAUUUUAAAUGUUGAGCAAUCAAAAAUAACAAAGACCCCAGCAAUCAACCGUGUGGACAAAGGGGGAAGCCAAGACGUGGAAAAAUGCAGAGAUCGCGGCCAGUGCAUUUAACAAUGUGGAGAAGUAUCGAUGCGUAAAAAAACAAAUGCGGCCGCCCCAGCCAUCAACACCAACGCCAACGCCAGCACCUCAAUAGUACCACCACAACAGCAGCAGAAAACAAAAACACAUAACCGAGAAAUCAUAAUAAAAGGCAGCAGCCACCUAGCGACGUUUCUGAUUGCGCUGGAUUGUGCGUGUGAGAGUUGACGAAUGCGGAGGAAGGAGCCGUGCAACAGGAAGCGGAAAGAAGGAGAAUAGCACCACGAACAGGAACCGGAACAGCAAUAACAACAUUUACAAUCUACAAAAAACAAAAAAAAUACAAAGUUAAAAGCAAAGAGAAAGAAACAAACAAAUAAACAAACACCGCCUUAGCCUUAGUGAAAAUACAACGACAAGAAGAGGACAAGAGAGAUCGAGAAGACAGGAGAGAUCGAGAUCGAACAGAAACUUAAAUAUCGUUUAACCUAAUCCAAAAGAAAGUCAAUCAAAAGCUACAGUUACAAAUAUGUCGUCGCCCAGUGCUGGAAAACGUCGCAUGGACAAUGACGUGAUCAAAUUGAUUGAAUCAAAACACGAGGUCACCAUUCUUGGGGGCCUCAACGAGUUCCAUGUGAAAUUCUUCGGUCCGCCGGAGACACCCUACGAGGGCGGCGUGUGGAAGGUUCGCGUCUAUCUGCCCGACAACUAUCCCUUCAAGUCGCCGAGCAUUGGGUUCGUGAACAAAAUCUACCAUCCGAACAUUGACGAAUCGUCUGGGACGGUCUGCCUCGAUGUGAUCAAUCAGGCCUGGACGGCCCUGUACGACCUAUCGAACAUAUUCGAGUCGUUUUUGCCGCAGCUGCUCACAUAUCCGAAUCCGGUGGAUCCGCUCAAUCGGGAUGCCGCCGCCCUGUACCUGCACGAGCCGGAAGAGUACCACCGCAAGGUGGCCGACUAUGUGCAACGCUAUGCCACCGAGGAUGCGCUGCGGGCGGCGCAACAGGAGCGAGAGAGCAGCGACAGCGAGUCGAGCAUGUCCGACUACAGUGAGGAUGAGGCCAGGGACAUGGAGUUAUAAUAUCGGUUUAACUCUAAUCAAAUACCAUUAACAUUAACGACAAACGCCUAAUACUAAUGCUUUAGCGCAGCUCUUCUCCGUCUCUCUCUCUCUCUCUAUCUCUCUCUCUUUUCUCUCGCUCUGCAUCUCUGCCUUUUGGGAUAUGACGAUGAUCUUUCAAAUCAACAAAUCAGCAGCAAACGGCAACAAAAUUAUACAUAUAUACAUGCAUAUAUAUACAUAUAUAUAUCUAGGAAUGAUAAUUGAAUCUUAAGAUAGAGAGUGAUGCGACAAUGCACAUGCAUACCUACCAUUAUAUAUGUAUGUAUGUAUAUAUAUACAUAAUACAUACAAUAUAUAUAUAUAUACAUAUAUAUAUACAUAAAUUUAUAUUUAUUAAUGUAAGCGCAAACAAAACAAGAUUUGAAAACUCUUAGUUAAGCCAUUUAGUAGUUGAUAAAACAAAAGCGGAGAAACGAUAACAAAGAAACGUUCAAGAUGUUGCCAGGGAGCAGAGGAUCUCGUAUCAAAGCGGAACGGAAACGGAAACGGAAAGGAUCAUAGCGGAGAGGAGCAUAAAUAUUAAAUGGAAUGAAAUGAAAUGAAAUGAAAUGGUUCUAAUAAGUAAUGUACACACACGCAAUACAAUGUCGCCAGACAGACAGACAGACAGAUACAAAGGCAAAAACAGCAGAAAACAAAAUAGCGGAUCAAAAGAAUAUAACUGAAGUCGGAACAAAUCGGAUAAUGAUGAAACCAAAAUUGCUUUUGGCCUUGGUCUGGCACUAAACAGACGAUGACGAUAACCAUAACCAUAACCAUAACCAUAACCAUAAACAUAAACACAAACUACAAAGCAUAGAGGAUAACAAUUAUGCUGAAAGUGCAAACGUAUCGAUAUGAAAUACCAAUUACCACCAUCAACAGCAAGUUCUGUAUCAUUAGCCCACAUCCUCC